AUGGCUUUCUCCCCCUCCUCCGGACCCCUGGGGCAACUUGGGGCCCCCAACUGGGAUGGACAUGGGCAGUACUACGCUAGGAACCUUGCAGCAGCAGCAUCGCAGCAUCAGCAGCAGCAGCAGCAGCAGCACCAAUGGACUGAGGCGGCAUAUUCCCCUGUCUCUCCGCUGCUGCAGCAGCAGCAGGAGCACACGCAUUAUCAUCACCAGCAGCAGCAGCAGCAGCAGCAACUGAGGCAUGGGAGCAGCUGGAAUGAGGGGAGGUCUCUGAAUUAUUGCAGGGGGCCGCCUCCUCUCUCUCUGCAGAGCCCUGUGCAAGAACCCUAUCCUUAUUUAGCAUCGGUAGAAGCACCAGCAUCUGUAGGAGCAGCAGCAGCAGCAGCUGCUGCUGCUGCUGCUGCUCCAGGGGGAAGGCCACCAGCUGUUCGCCUACUGACGGUGCAGCGAUUGGUGAAGCCGCUGCACCGCCAGCCAGAACCGCAGCAGCAGCAGCAGCAAAAUGGAGAAAAUGAGGAGCAGCAGCAAACGGAGCAGCUGCUGCAGCAGCAGGCUGAGAAACCCAUUUCACCCAAGGCUUCCCAGUCAACAGACAGCCAAAGUGCUAUAGGCCUUCAGACAUUUACUGUGGAGGCAGCAGAAGAUAUAAAUGCAGAUCUUGCUGCCGCUUUCCCUCUCUUCAGCAACCAGAGUGCUGCUGGUUUAGGAGUACCAGGUGCUGCUGCUGCAUGCGAUGCUGCUGCUGCUGCUGCUGCUGCUGUUGCCGCUGGUUUUUCAAGUGCAGCGGUGUUUGCAACACCGCAGAGACAUUCUCCUGUCUCUGCUGCACCUGUAUCUCCUUAUCCGUGGGGUUUAGCUGCAGCCAACCCAGCAGCAGCAGCAGCAGCAGCAGCAGCAGCAACAGCAGCAGCAGCAGCAGGAAGGCGACGUCUGAUUCGAAUUUGUUUAGACGGCUUGCAAGACGUGCUGCCUGCUGAAGUUGUGUGGAGUGUUAUUUCUUUUUGUGCUUCACUUAUGAGGCUUGGUUGGGGUCCCUAUACACCUGAAAAUAUCUCUAAAACUUUAGAGAAAGAGAGCAGGACAGAGGAGGAGGCUGACUAUACACCCGAGAAAAAUAUAACUGCUGCGGGGAGCUUCGAUCAGUCGCCAACUCGCAGCGAGUCUGAAGAGCAGCAAAACGAAGUGCAGCAGAAGCAAGCCACACCGGCAAAGGCAGACCCACUGCAACAGCAGCAGCAGCAGCAACAGCAACAGCAACAGCAGCAGCAACAGCAACAGCAACAGCAGCAGCAACAGCAGCAGCAACAGAAGCAGCUGCUGCUGCGACAGCAGCAACAGCAGCAGCUGCUGCCAGAGCUCCUUGGAUGCAGUGUACGCCAGUCGCGGCCUGCCCGAGAAGCAGCAGCAGAGGCACAGCAGCUGCUGCUGCAGCUGCAGCAGGAGCAGUGGAGUGGUGCAGCCAGUUCUUGUGCAGCGCCUUCUUCUGAAGAGGCAGCAGCAGCAGAUGCAGGAGCAGCAGCAGCAACAGCAGCAGAUGCAGCAGAGAUGGGAGAGAAGCUGCUGGCUGCUUUUCUUGAGCUUGCAGAUGCUGCCUUAGAGGCG